AUGACAAAGAUUAAGGGGCUCGAUCUCUCGGGGAAAGAAAGGCAGGAUGCCGCCCUCACCCUCCAAGACGCCAUGGCCGUGAUAGAUCGAGAGACUGACAUCUUGCACAUCACGGGAGACGUGCCCACCAACGACGAGCGGGAGGCUCUAGGGCAGCACUUCACCAAGGUUCGCUUUCUCAAGGUCGCCACUGGCUUGAACGAAGAUUGGAUCGACGCAAAAUUCCCCCUCAACUGGCCGCUGGAUUUGCUGAUCAUCGCCGAUGCCGCCGGCGAGCGGAUCACAACGCCCGCCAUCUUGGAAGGUCGGAUCAACCAUCUUACUUUCCUCUAUGCCCACGGUCUACGGUUCGAGGGCCCCCUCACCAAGGACUUGAUGAAGGACGCCAAGCCGAUGAGGACGAUCCCAGCGGGACAGCUUCAGUUCCCCUUCGAUGUCGAGGUCUACUCUGCUCCCGCAGAAUGGUCCAAAAGGUUGGGGAAGAAGUACGAACUGGAAAGUGGCGAGAGAGAAGAGGAAGAUGACGAACACGAAAAGGAAGGUGAUGAGGACGAAGAGGAGGGUGACGAGGAAAACGCUGAAGAUACAUUGUUCUCCCUCGAACGUGUCGACGAUCCCCCAUCGUGUAUAAAGUACCUCGAUAUCCUUGGCAACGACGUACUCGAGAUGUUGACUUACAUGGCGCUCGCCAAGUUCCACCUCUUGGCCUCUCUCGAAAGCCUCAUCAUCUACUCCUCAAACACCGACCUGCCCAUUGUCCCAUACUUCUUCCUCGAGUUUCUUGGAAAUCUAGUACAUUUGAAGCACGUUAAACUCACCCUCGAGAGUGAGGUAUAUGCCAAGAUCUUUGAAUCAACCCGCCCCUACCCAUUCAUCCACCUCAUCCAUCCCCCAUCCAUCGAAACACUGUGGCUCCGUGGGCCCGUAUCCGCGGCUUCUGAGAUGGACGAGUUCGCGGCCGACUUGGCUAAUCCGACCUUCCUUCCGAAUCUCAAGCUCCUCAGUCUCGUGUUGGAUCUGCCGGAUGCAAGCUCAGAACAUCCACAGCAAGCAUCCCCGGAGCAGCUGCGCGAAGCCCGUGUGGCCUGCAAGAAGGUGUUGGAUGUUGCGGCUGCGAGGGGGAUCGCGGUCGAACCUUUCGAGGAGCCCUGGGCGGUAAUUUACCCCACGCUUUUCAUUGACAUCGAUACCCGGUGGUCCGGUGCUUGA